CAGCCGAGCGGCUGCAGCGACCUCCACACCUUUCACAAUCCUGAGCUGCGUCCGCUUUUUCAGGCUUUUACAUCCCGGACUCCCGGCAUCCCACUAGUGGAAGCAGAGAAGUUCAAGCCGCCGCCGCUGCCAUGUCCGAGGCUUAUUUCCGGGUGGAGUCGGGUGCGCUGGGGCCUGAGGAAAACUUUCUGUCCUUGGACGACAUCCUGAUGUCCCACGAGAAGCUCCCGGUGCGCACAGAGACCCCCAUGCCUCGCCUUGGAGCUUUCUUCCUGGAGCGGAGCGGAGGGGCCGAGACUGACCACGCGAUCCCUCAGGGCUCAAAGCUUGAACUCCCCUUGUGGCUGGCAAAGGGACUUUUUGACAACAAGCGACGGAUCCUUUCUGUGGAACUUCCCAAGAUCUACCAACAAGGUUGGAGGACGGUGUUCAGUGCCGAUGCCAAUGUGGUGGACCUCCACAAGCUGGGGCCCCAUUUCUAUGGGUUUGGCUCCCAGCUCCUGCAUUUCGACAGUCCAGAGAAUGCAGACAUUUCCCAGUCUCUCCUGCAGACAUUCAUUGGACGUUUUCGCCGCAUCAUGGACUCCUCCCAGAACGCUUACAAUGAAGACACUUCAGCACUGGUGGCCAGGCUGGACGAGAUGGAGAGGGGCUUGUUUCAAACAGGACAGAAAGGACUGAACGACUUCCAGUGUUGGGAGAAGGGGCAGGCUUCUCAGAUCACAGCCUCCAGCCUCGUUCAGAACUAUAAGAAGAGAAAACUCACUGACAUGGACGACUGAAGGCCAGAAGAACACAGAAGUGUUCCCAUGGAGGGAACCUCCCUGUGUGUCCUUGAUAGGAGCCUCAUUGACCUUGUAUAGGACCAGAACCAUGUCUCAUGUCAUGACUUAUUUCCCGCAGCAGUCCUGGAAGUGGUACCAUCUGGUUGGGGAAGGACGUGCGGGAGGAUGUCCCUGGCCUAUAAGAAACAUGAGACUGUCCCACCCUGCUGACCCACAGCCCAGGCCUACUUACCCCUUGAACCCCCAGCCGGGGAGACACCAAAGUCCUUCAUAAAGAAGGAUGGUUAGUACAUGCAUCAAAGUACAGUUGGAACUGGGAUCCCUUGUGUCCGGGAGUGUGACAGCCUCCGAUGUCCAGUUUCACUAGCUCCAAAGGACAGGUACAAAUGGGCCAUCUCCGCCUGCUCACAAAUGUUCUCUGGAGUUUAACUGCCCCAUCUUCCUCGUGGGUGCUCAGAGUACAGCACCCCCAGGAUGCCGGCCUUACUUGGGUCCCCUGCCUGUGGGGAGUUACCCCAAUUUCCAAAGACAGUUGCCAAUAAUAAAGAAGAAAAAGGAGAAGGCAGAUGAAUGGCAAGGCUUUUACUAAGGGGAAAGCAUUGCUUUCCUUGUCUGUCAUCAGGGCUUUGGGGUCUGGGCAUCACAGAUCUCUGCAGUCAGCCUGGAUGGGAAAUGGUUAACCCAAGCCUGGCUUUUGUCUGGAGAUCUUCAGAGCCACCUGCACAACAGUUCCUUCCUUCCCUAGAAAAGCUGCCAGGGAGUCAUUUGGAAUCGCAAAGUAGUUAUUAAAGGGUGUUAACCAGCCCUUCUUACACUGAAAGCUGGACUUUAGGGUGGCUGGUUAGGAAGGGCCCCAUUUGAGAAGCUUCAUGUGGCAAAUAUAAGUAGGCAGGAGACCUUGACGAUGUUUUUCCUCUUCAGUAAAUUCAGCAGCGUUAUUACCUGUAGGAUUCCUGACCAUUUACUGAGGAUCUGUUUCAGCAAGCACAGAGCUCUUCCCUGGAGAUCAAGGCGGAAACCUGGGGCUGAGUAAGAAGCGUCGUUCCCUGCAGGCCACCCUGUUCGAAGGGUCGUUGUCUCCGCAUUGACUUCCCACAAUGAGUGACAGUUGUCUUUGUCAUUAGAAAUUAUAAAGGGAUUUGGGAAUCCAGAUUGUGCAGGUGUCUCCCUGCAAACUUAGAAUUUUUAAAAUGCAUGUUUCAAGAUGGAACCAGUGUUUUUAUAAUUUGAUUUUGGUGCUAA